CUCUUCCCCUGGCACGGCAAGCAGAAGCUGGCUGCCACCAGGCUGUGGGAGCUCUUGAACAGCAACAGCAGCGACAGCAGCAGCAGCAGCAGCAGCAGCAGCGAGCGUACGGCCAAGCAGCGCACGUACGUGCUUCGCCUGUCCCAGCAGCUCAUCUGCCACAAGCUUCACCACAGGCCGUUCAGCAGCGGCCUGGUCCACUUCCUGGCCGCGCUGGGUAUCAACCCAGAGACGAAUCGACUCUGUACGGCGCCUGAGUACUCCCCCAUGCUCAGCUCGCUGGUCUACUGCGUACGGGCGCUUGCUGUCGAGACGUUCCUGCCGGCCAGCCAGCGGGAGGCGCAGGGCGCUGCUGAGACCCAGAGCUUCCUGCAGCAGCGGGCCAGCUACCUGGUCGACGGCUCGUACAGCCCCAUGAGCAUCAUGCUGAGCCUGCUGUUGUACGCCAAGUUUAUCGCCCUGCGCACGCCUGGCGCCAUCGCUGGCAGCAUGUGGUGGUCGCUGGACCGGCAGACCUUCUUCAUCAAGGGCCGCCCC